CUUGGAUCAGUGUCGGUAACUGACGGACGCGUGUUGUUUAUAAAUCGGUUUAAGUGUACGCGUAAACACGCGUUUUGAUGUGGUGAUGGCUUUAAGAAGAUCCCUUGUGUUUUUGUGUGUCUAUUUCUCUGUGCAAAAUGUGAUCUGUCAAUUUGGUUUCUUCCCCCAAAGAGGCAACCGACACAAUGGCUUCUUCGGCCAGGAGUUCAUGCAACCCAGAAGACCGGAUAGAUUUUCCAACUUCUUCAACCUCCAACCAAAAAGACCAGUGAUCAAUCCAGAAAAUAACCAGGAAAAUAUCUACGUUUAUGAAAUUAGUCCGGGAUCACCAAACCAAUAUGACUACAAUGGAAGACCUGUCGUUUUCCCAACAAACAGACCUAUAUAUAACCAGAAUGGUCUGAAUAAUGGUAACGUUAAUUUCCAAAACAAUCCCAACAAUGUGAAUUUCCAAAAUCCAAACAAUGGAAAUUUCCAACAGCCCUCUUAUGACGGUAGUUUUCAACCAGCACCUAAUGAUGGUAGCUUCCAACCCGCUCCCAGUGACGGUAGUUUCCAACCAGCACCUAAUGAUGGAAGUUUCCAACCAGCUCCCAGUGAUGGUAGUUUCCAACCAGCACCUAAUGAUGGAAGUUUCCAACCAGCUCCCAGUGAUGGUAGUUUCCAAUCAAAUCCCAGUGAUGGUAGUUUCCAAACAAACAAUGACAAUGAAGUAAAUACAAAUCAGGAGAAACCCCCUCAAAACGGAUCUAAUGGCGGUUUUCAAGAUGUGAAUACAAACACGACUCCUGGACCAGAAGAUAUUGGCGUCACCGCACCAAAUGAUCCAGUGAACUUUGAAGAUGUAUCGACUUGGCCACCACUAACUCCAGUACCAACUGUCUCCACAGAGUCAAGGAACAGCUUCAAUUUCCAACAAAACCAAGGAGUAUUCAAGGAAACCUGCCAAACAGUAGAAAAUGGCCUCGGAACCUGCAUAUCAGUAUACGAGUGCCAGCCCUACAUCAGCGUACUCCGGGAGUCACGGACCAACCCUAAUGCUGUGCAGCUGUUGAGAAGAGCACACUGCGGCUUCGAGGGAACUACUCCUAAGGUAUGCUGUCCACUCCCUGGUUUCCCAGAACCCCCAGUUCCUCUACCUGCGACCACCACAACCACUACGACAACGACUCCAAAACCGACAACAGCGCCACCUGCACCCAAUUCUGCAGUGAAGAUAAGCCCUGAGGACUUCGUGCCUGCUCUCCCUGACCCUCCGAUUUGUGGGUUCAGUAAUGCUUCUCUCGGACGAGUCGUCGGUGGCGUGGAUGCUGCUUUGGGAGACUUCCCUUGGAUGGCACUCCUCGGUUACAAGAGUAAAAGGACGGGAACUACAAAUUGGCUGUGUGGAGGAUCCCUCAUCAGCUCUCGACAUGUCCUCACCGCUGCCCAUUGUAUCCACAACCAUGAAGAAGACCUGUAUGUAGUUCGACUUGGUGAGCUGGACUUGGCGAAAGAGGACGAGGGUGCGACUCCAGUGGAUGUGCUGAUCAAGCAGAAGGUCAAGCAUGAACAGUACAGUGCCACCUCCUUCACCAAUGACAUCGGUAUUCUGAUCCUGGACCAUGAUGUUACUUUCACUGAGUUGAUCAAGCCCAUCUGUAUGCCGAAAGACGAGAAACUAAGAGCAACAACCUUCGAAGAUUACAACCCUCUGAUUGCCGGAUGGGGUCACACUGAAUUCCGUGGUGCUGCAGCCACGCAUCUCCAAGUACUGCAAUUACCAGUCGUUGGUAACGACUUCUGCAUGCAGGCCUACAGUGCCUACAAGGCGCAGAAAAUUGACGAACGUGUGCUCUGCGCAGGGUAUAAGCAGGGAGGCAAGGAUGCUUGUCAGGGAGACAGCGGUGGACCACUUAUGCAACCUAUUUGGAGUCCAACCUCACACAAGACAUACUUCUACCAGAUCGGAGUUGUCUCCUACGGCAAGAAAUGUGCCGAAGCCAAUUUCCCUGGUGUCUACUCCAGAGUAACGCACUUCAUUCCCUGGAUCGAACAGAAAGUUCUAGGACGAACCGCGACGUGAUUUCAAUUUUAGAGUUCGUCACAUUUUAAGGCUUUAAUUUUUAGACGAUGUUGCGACUUGUCACGAGGUCGCCUCGAACCUAAUUUUUAUGUCACAAAAAUAGUUAAUUUUGUGUAAGUAAUAAAAUAUGUGUGAGUGAGUGUUUAUUAUAUCUUUAUUAUUCUAUUGUUUGCUUGU